AUGGAUGUCAAAAGUGCGUUCCUAAAUGGUUAUAUAUCUGAAAAAGUAUACGUGAAGCAACCUCCUGGGUUUGCAAAUGCCACUUUUCCAAACCAUGUAUACAAGCUGACUAAAGCCAUGUAUGGUCUCAAACAAGAUCCGCGAGCAUGGUAUGAAGAAUUUGCUCUUUCCAUGAAAGGUGAAUUUGAAAUGAGCAUGAUGGGAGAACUAACCUUCUUCCUUGGACUUCAAAUCAAGCAGUCUCCUAAAGGAAUUUUCAUCAGCCAAACCAAGUAUACCAAGGAGCUUAUUAAAAAGUUUGGGAUGGAAAAUUCUAAGGCUAUCAGAACUCCUAUGAGCCCAACUACUGUGCUAGAUGAAGACAGCAAUGGAGAAAUGGUUGAUGAAACCAUGUAUAGUGGAAUGAUUGGAUCUCUACUUUAUUUAACUGCUAGUCAACCAGAUAUUAUGUUUAGUGUAUGUAAAUGUGCCAGAUUUCAGUCAGCUCCUAAGGAAUCCUAUUUGACUGCGGUUAAACGCAUAAUUAGAUAUUUAAUUGGUACUACUCAAUUAGGACUAUGGUAUGAUCAUACUAACAAUUUCUCAUUGAGAGGCUUUUCAUAUGCUGAUUUUGUAGGAGACAAAACUGAAAGGAAAAGUACCAGUGGGACAUGUCAAUUGCUGGGAAAUGCCUUAGUAUCUUGGCAUAGCAAGAAAUAA